AUGGCCACGUUGAGAUUCUGUGAUGUUCAAAAUGACAGUGUGACGUUGCUGCCGUUUGCCAAGGAUUUGGCAACUAAUGGCUGCUCAGAGAUGACUGUGGCUGUGAAAAAAUUGCAUGAAUACGCCGACAAGUGUCAGAAGCAGGAGUUCCUCCGCGAGAUCCACUUGAUGAAGACACUGGGCAGCCAUCAAAAUGUUGUGAAUAUGAUCGGGUGCUGUACGAUAGAGGAGCCGCUGUGUCUCGUGGUCGAGCACAUGCCCAAUGGCGACUUGUUACAUUAUUUGAGGAAGCACAGGAACUCAAUGCAGGGGGAGGGUGUUCAGGAUGGUGAUAUUUACUAUGAGGAGGACCGACUCAAGUAUCAAGACUUGUUGUCCUUCGCCAGACAGAUUGCUAAAGGAAUGGAAUUCCUCUCCCAGAAGGGUUUCGUUCAUCGCGACCUCGCGUCAAGAAACAUCCUCGUUGGCGAGAACAGAAUGGUGAAAGUCAGCGAUUUUGGAUUGACGCGCUAUGUAUAUGAUGAUAAAGUUUAUGUAAAUAGAAAAGGGGGAAAACUACCGCUGAAGUGGAUGUCGAUAGAGGCCAUUUUUGAUUUGACGUUUUCAACAGCUAGUGAUGUGUGGGCAUUUGGAGUUGUGUUGUUUGAAAUUAUAACACUAGGUGGCACUCCAUACCCGAUUAUCUCAAACAAGGACUUGCUGCGAGAGUUGAAAAUGGGCUACAGGAUGGAAAAGCCAGACAACUGUGAUGAUGAAUUGUAUCAUAUGAUGUUGGAUUGCUGGAGUCAAUGCCCCAAUGAUCGACCAGACUUUACGGACCUGAAGCUGCACCUGGACAUGAUGAUCGAGAAGCUGUGUAAGACUGACUACUUGGAUAUCGAUCUUGAGAAUAUGAAGGCGUACUAUAAUGCUCCGAUCAUGGAAGAGGAUGAUGACGCAGGAAAUGAGGAUGUGGGGGAUGAUUUUGAGGAUAUCUUUGGAGCAGGUGUUGAUCUUGAAGUAUUGGAAAACAGGUGGCAGGGGUCAACGGUGCGCUUGGCAUCGGGAGAAGAGGACCUGACACCCUCAUGCAGCUCCAACGAGAAUCUCAUCAUACGCCGAACGUCCCCGAGUACGUCUGGGAACAGUUCCGGCCGAGAAAGUAUGGAAGCGAAAGAUGAUCAUUUUGAGAGCCCAAGCGAUUUAUCAGACUUAAAUGAUGAGAAAGACAAUCCGUGCCCCCUAGUCCUCUGCACGAACCAUGACUCGGGACAUGUGUCCUACGAUAUUGAAUUGGACUCCGGCCCUGAGAGUGACCUGUAUUUGAGUCAGCGACGGUCGAUGGGUGAUUCUAAAGAUGACAUUCCAUUGUGGGAUGUUUGUGUAUAGCCAGUAGUGGAUUCAAACAAGUCUCUUAUUAUUUACUGAGUGUUAUGGUACGUAUUUGAUACAUUUGGUUUGCAACUUCGAAAUGCAGCUGACCCAAGAGAUUUUUAAAAAGCACAAAUAUUAUUGUCUGUUUCUUCGAAGUAAUGCAAAGGAAAAUUCAUUGAAUAAAAUAUUGUUAAAUUAUCACCAACAUAUUUGUAUUUUUUUUCAUUUUGCCAAUGGUGAAAAUUAAAAAAUCAGAUUUGUCAAAUAUUUUCUGUAACACACAGUACAAAACAGUAUACAUCCCCAAAAUAUAUUUCAUUCCACAUAAAAUACAUGAUGCUUCACGUCUCUUGAUCAUUUGCAUAUCUCUUUCCUUUUGAAUUUUGACAGUGUAUGUUUCUGGUCACACAGUAUUAUAUAGAAAUAUAGAAUUGAUAUUUAACCACAUUGAUACAAAUAUAUGUCGUAUUAAUAUCUGCAUUUAUGAUUGUGUCAGUAACUUUUAAUCAAAAUGGCAGCAUAUGUCUCGUUUCAGAAGGAAGUAGUAAAACCCAAAAGUACUCUUCUUCCGCAAUACAAGAUUUGGUACAUGUUAUUAGAUGUUCUUUAUUAAGGAAGAGUGUCAUGACAUAAAAAUGGGGCAGCAAUAAUGUUGUUGGAAGACUUUGACAGAGGGCAUUUCUUUGAUGCAUCAAAUAAUGCACACACUUUACAAACUGUUGGUGGAUACUUCUGAGUGUGUAUCUACAGAUUGCCCUCUUUAGGCAGCA